CGGCCUUCUAUGAUAAAUAUCGGUUUUUACCGUUAUCCUUAUACGUAGUGUUAAUAAGGCUCCUUUUUGUUUGUUCGUGGUUAAACUCAACUUAAAAUCCACACAACAGAUCAGAAGAUUGAUGAAAACCGUAUAAGGCAAACGAAGGAGAUAUGUCAAGGAAAUGAAACACAAGUUUAGUUCAAUUAAUUUAGUUUUUCUACUUAAAAGGGUCUAUUUUUAACUGCAUGUGAUAUUUUUAACUAUGUGAAUUAUGUGUAACGUGAUAAAAUAAUGAAUGUUUUGUGUGUUUGAGUGAAUGGUAACAUAACCAAAUUUCCGAGUUCCAUGAAAUUUUUACAGAAAAAUAUGGCUUCGAUAAACAGCAGAUCCUGGAUACUUCAGGAGCUAAUGGCUCACAACUCAAAGGUGAAUUGUCUGAGUUUGGGGCGUAAAUCGGGGCGCGUUAUGGUAACAGGCGGGGAUGACAAGAAAGUAAACUUGUGGGCUAUAGGAAAAUCAUCGUGUUUUAUGAGCUUGAGCGGACACACAACCCCAAUUGAAUGUGUGCAGUUCAACCAGCUCGAAGAGUUGGUUUGUGCUGGUUCUCAGGCCGGAGCCCUAAAAAUAUGGGAUUUGGAAGCCGCAAAGUUGGUUAGGACUUUAAACGGGCACAGCAACAAAAUUAAGGCAAUUGAUUUUCACCCGUACGCGGAUUUUUUGGCUUCUGGGAGCGCCGAUAACUCCAUUAAACUGUGGGAUACGCGUAAAAAGAGUGCAAUAACUACGUACAACGGACACAAGGGUAGUGUGAACAGUGUUAAAUUCAGCCCCGACGCCCAGUGGAUAGCCACGGGCUCCGAAGACGGUUCCGUGAGGAUAUGGGAUGUGAGAGUCGGAAGAGUGUUAAAAGAGUUUGUGGACCAUCAAAGUGCUGUAACUUGCGUCGAGUUUCACCCCCACGAAUUUUUACUGGCCACGGGCUCCACGGACAGAUCCGUUAAUUUUUUUGAUUUGGAAAACUUUAAUUUGGUUUCGAGCGAGACAAGUUUAGGUAUUGUGCAGAGCUUGUGUUUUAACCCUGAUGGGGAGUGUUUGUUUACUGGAGUAAAGGAUUUUUUGAAAGUUGUUGGUUGGGAGCCUUCGAGGUUGUACGAUACAGUGCCAGUGAAAUGGGGGACAGUUGGUGAUAUUUCCACUGCUCAAAAUCAGCUGGUUGGUGCCUCCUUCAAUCUUACCAACGUCCACGUGUACGUCGUGGAUCUAAAAAGGGUCCGCCCCUUGGGCCAAAACACUCUGGACGAAAGUCCGUGUGCCUUCACGCCCAAUCAAAGCAUCAGAAAAAGUUUUUCGAAAGCAGAACGACCCGUCAGCCUGAAAAAUCGGUCCCUAGACGUUAAAACAAUCGAGGAGAGCACGUCGGGGACGGACCCUGAGGAGGAAUCCUGCGCCGACAUCGUCAACAGGGUCGAUUACGAGGAGAUAUUCAAAGGAAAAGGACUGAGGAGGACACCUCCUCCCGAACCAGAACCCUUCCAGGAGCCUGUCAAAGAACCACCACAGUACCUAUUCCGUUUCGCGGAAAAAAUCGUCGAUCCAGCGGCGCCGCAGAUCCUAGGCGAAAUCACUAGCGAUAGCUUUGAAGCUCUAUCGCUAGACAACAACAUCAACAACUACCACAAAUCGCCGCCCCCUGCCUCCUCCCCCGCUCAAUACUCCCGCUCAAAAUCGAACCUAGAUCAGGUCUACGCCAGCAAACUCACCAAGGAAAACAUCCUGCCCAAUAUUAACAGGACCGGAAGGACUGUGGCACCAAGGUAUAACCUCCAAAGGCAGAGCAGCUGUAAGGACGUCCCGGAAAAGGACAAAAUUCCCACGCGAUCGAACAACAUGAGACACAGCGUCUCCGAGGACACGAACGUGAACAAAGGCUCGAUGUCCUCGAGAGUGUCCUUGCGGAAAAACUCCAUAACCUCCUCCCGUCCGGUAAGGACCUCCGUGCCUAACCUCACAAAAGUGCCACCGCCGAACAGUGCAAGGACUAACAGAAUAGACCGAGUGAAGUUGAACUUGAUAACCAACGGGGAUCAGGUGGAUAUUUAUCUGCCUUCGAAGAUUUCCCCGGAGGAGAGACCUCCAAAGGAGGAGAGUUACGUGCCAGUUUCUAUCGAUAAACCUGUCGGGAUUAUUUUCGACGAUUUCCUACCUAAAAACCACCAGGCGAUGAUGGGCUUCCAGCACCAGCUGCCCGACAUGUCCGAAGCGGAGGUUCUGAACGUGGUGAUGCGCGGUCACGAACCCAUCAUGGGCAUCCUGGCGGCGCGACAGCGCAGCCUCAAGAUCGUCUUGGCGCAGUCGCGCACCAAGGACCUCAAGGCGGCCGUGGAGACGGCCAUCGCGAUGGACGACCUCUCCGUGCUCGUCGACGUUCUGGGAGUUAUUAAUAGCAAAAAUUCUCUUUGGAGUUUGGAUCUAUGCGUUCACGUGCUCACCAAAAUGGAGGAGUUGUUGCAGAGUAAAUAUGAAACAUACAUGACAACUGGCUGUAACUCCCUGAGGAUAAUCCUAACGAAUUUCGGCAACAUGAUAAAAACGAACAUGAAGUGUUCUGCAGGCAGCUUUGGAGUGGACAUCCCGCGGGAGGAACGCUACCGAAAAUGCAAAAAAUGUCACGAAUCGCUUUGCUUGGUGAGGCCAGUGGUUAUGAAGAAAACAUCCCUGCCCGGCGCCUUGGGGGGCACCUUCAGGGAAAUUAACACGAUACUGCAGGACGUGAUGGACGUCUGACGAAAACCCAAAUUUUCACUAUUACAAUUUAAGAACGCUAGCGUCUAAUAGUUUUUGUAUACCAAACAGCCAUUACCAAUCCACGGUGGGGCCAAGAUUAACAAAUAUUGCGAUAUCUUCGAAAUGGCUUAUUUUGCAGAAAAAAGGUAAAUAUGAAAAUUGUGGGGAAUUUAAUUUUUCAUAAAAGAUGUUAUUACGAGUUUCUCCAAAAAAUCACCAGAACACGAGAUUUUUUAUAAAAAGUGUUCUCAUUAUUUUAGUUUUUUUUUCGGAAAAAUAGAUAUUUUCAAAGAUAUGUUCUCUUGGAUCCACUUUGUAUUAUUUUACUACUAACGGGGUACUUAACUACAUAAUUUAUUUUAAGGUAAUUUAAUUUGUUUUUAAUUGAUUUUAAUGCAUUAAUUUAAACUCGGUGAAAACAGUAAGGGUGAAUAGUGAGCAAAAGACUGAAAAAAUAUAUUAGCACAAACACAUAAAAUUAAAAGAUCUGAUAUUUUGGCCCUUGUUGUUAUUACUUAGUUUGGUUGUUAAUACUGAUUUUAUUAAAUUUAUUAUAUUAUUUCGGCUUUUUUUUCAUUUUUUUACUAAUUUUCACUC